AUGACGCUGCGAGAGGAGCUGCAGAGACGUCAGUUUUGGCGCGCCUUGCUGGCGGAGAUCCUCGGUUCCGUGAUCUUUGUGUCGGCGGUGUUGGGCUCCUCUGUGCCAGGCCCUGGGGAUACAGUCAAGGGGCCUCUGUACCCUGCCCUGGCUGCGGGCAUGGUGGCCGUGGCCCUUGGUCAUUGUUUUGGGGACAUUAGUGGCGCACAGGUGAACCCAGCUGUCACGUUAGCCUUCCUGGCGACUCGUCGGCUGGACGUUCUGAGGGCUGCUGUGUAUAUCCUGGCCCAGUGCCUUGGAGCCACGUUGGGUGCUGGAAUUCUCUACCUGGCCCUGCCAACGAAAUCUGCUGCAGAGUGUUAUGUCAACAAGGUGUCCUCUGAUGGCAAUGCAGGCCAAGCCCUGGGAAUGGAGGCGCUGGCCACAUUCCAACUGGUGUUCACCAUCUUCUCUGUGGAGGACCAGCGGCGCCGGGAGGGGACUGAGCCGGGGAAUCUCGCCAUCGGGUUCUCCCUGAGCGCUGGAGUGCUGACCGCGGGUCAUUUCUCUGGGGGUAGCAUGAACCCAGCCCGGUCACUGGGUCCGGCGAUCAUCACCGGCAUAUGGGAGCACCACUGGGUGUACUGGAUCGGCCCCGUGCUGGGAGCGAUCCUUGCCGGGGUGUCCCACGAGUUCUUUUUCGCGGCCAGUGCCUCGCGCCAGAAGCUGGUGGCCUGCCUCACCUGCAAGGACAUCGAGAUCGUGGAGACGGCCAGCGUGUCCCGCUCCUCGCUGUCCACGGUCACACAGACCGCCAUGAGGGCCAAGCAAGCCAACAAACACGACCACAACUGA